UCGAAGCGACGACACGGUGUCUCAGUCAGACAGCGAAUCAUCCUGGGUGGUGUCAGUGCAGACGGCGGACAAGACUGUGAAUCGCGAGAAGUACUUUUUGGAUGAUCUGGUCGGUGUGAUUUGGGGCCCCGUGAAGAACCUGCGCCGCACCCAGAUCAUCUGGCCAGAGCUCGCGAAAACGAUGCACCAGGGGCUGACCUUUCUUUGGACCGGCGAGGUCAAGGUGAACGGCGUGCCCUUCAACAAGUGGAGCAAGCUUCGCUUGGAACUACGGGCCAGUGUUGCACGGAGCCACUCCCACCUCUUCGGAAAUCUCGAUGGGGCAUCGUCGGAGCAGCUCGCCGAUCAAGUUAUCACGGAUCUGGCAAAUGCCGAAGCGACGGAGGGGGCCGACAAUAAAGCCAAGGCCGCCGCAGCAGAUCCCGCCGACGACGACGGUGCAGGUGUAAGCCUGUCGCAAGCUAACCUUCAGAAGCUCGGCAAGGACCGCGACUGCGUCAUGGGCAUCGUUUCCUUCAUGCAGCAGACGCCGCUGGAGACGCCGCCCCGCUUCCACGUCAAUUUCACCGCGCUCCUUCAGGACGUCACGAAGUGGGACCAGAACAUGUGCCUGAAAGCGAUCAUGACUAAGAUCGAACCCCUGAUGGUCAAGCUGAUCCCCUUCGAGUUCAUCGACUUCGCCGUGCUCACGAGCACCGUUGCUCUGGAGAAUAAUGAGAAUAUCGACGACGUGUCUUUCGGCAUCUUCGAUACAGAGGAGAAGGCGCAGAAGUUUCGCGCCCUUCGUACCAACUACAUCACGGAGCUGCUGACUGCUGGUAAGACUCAUUUCAAGCUUGGCCUGGCAAAACUGGAACCAAUGAUUCUCACUAGGCACUUCGACACCCUGGUUGACUACGACCUCAUGACAGAUGCAGAGAACUGGACUUUGUUUUGGGAAAGCGUGGUCGAACACUCCGAGGCGCUGAAGAACAACAAGACAUCGGUCGCCCAGAUCGCCCGGAACGUCAUCGAGAUUGCGAUGGAGGUGGAGGCGAAGGCUGACGCUAUAGCGGCACCUGCGGAGCCGCCGGAUGAGUCCAAGGCGUCGGCGGCGGCGCCAGCCGCCGCGGCGGCGGCUGCGCAGGCAGAGAAGAGCGGCCAGAAGGACGGCAACAGCGGCGACCAGCAGCAGGACGGCAACAGCGGCGAGAAGCAGGAGGGCGGCAAGAAGACCAAGGACGGCAAGAGCGACGGCGGCGAGGGUGCGGCGGCGGAACCGGCCCGUGCCCUCAAGGAAAUUGCGACGAUGUUUGUGAAGGUCGAUUCGUCGACUCCGAGUGCUGCUGUGCUCGAGGGCUUCGAGAAGCAGUUGGAGGGCUACCUGUGGAUGACUUAUGCUUCUAGCCUGGGGGCGGCCCCGCGCAUGAAGGGCAUGAGCGUUGUUUACGCCAAGCCGUAUGACAAGCGACCCCGUCUUGUCGCGAAGACGGUGCUCGCCGAUAACAUUUGCUUCCCCUUCCUUGGCAGGGUUACCCGAGUCCCCGCCAAAGGCAGCCUGCAGAUCUGCGAGGCAUGGGGCGUGAAGUUCUACGUCGACGGUACGAACCACCAGACCUUCACAAGCGACAACUUCGCACCAGCAUGGAUGACGACGCUGACCGACGCCAAGGGGGCAACGUCUGCAACGAUGAGCCUGCACAGGGAGGAAGUGGCUUGGCGAUUCACAUACAUCCCAUUCGGCACCAAGGAAACCCAGAAGGAGGUCCGCCUCACCAUCUUCUACCUGUUGCCGUCGUCUAAGGUCGUCGGCGCUAAGGAGGUCGAGCUGAGCCGCGGCCCCAUCAUCGAGGCGGUGACGGCCGCGCAGGUGACGGAAUUCCAGAACGCCAGCAAGCGGACCCCGAAGGAGAAGACCACGCGCCAGCAGAUCAUGUCCAUGCCGCAGUGGAAGGCCUGCAAGCACGUGUUCCUCUAA